UGCCGGUGCCGGUGGCCGGGCAGUGCCGAGCCCCGCCGAGCGGCAUGGCCGGGGGCCGGGGGUGCCGCCGCCGCCCGGCCCUGCCCGCAGCCCCGGGGCUCUGCCUGUCCCUCUGCCUGCUGCUGCCGCUGCCCGCCGCCGCCUGGAGCCCGGCCCUGCUGCCGCCCGCCGCCCGCAGCAACUGGUGCUCCUACACGGUGACACGGACGGUGUCGUGCCACGUCCAGAACGGGACCUUCCUCCAGAGGGUCUUCCAGAGCUGCCGCUGGCCCCUGGCCUGCAGCGGGGGCAGCUACCGCGCCGUGGUGCGGCCCCUCUACAGGGUGACCUACAGGACACUGACGGCGCUGGAAUGGCGCUGCUGCCCCGGACACGCCGGCGCCAACUGCGAGGAAGAAGGCGGUGCCCCACGGGGGGGUCCCCCCGUGCUGACCCCCCUUUCCUCGGCAGAGGCUCACACCCCCCUCACGGGGCGGGACCCCGGGCGCCCCAGCUCCGCCCCCCGCCGGCCCCCCCUGCACCCCACGGCUUUCUCAGGGUGCCUGAACUGCAGCCGUGUCGGGGAGCUGACAGCCCGGCUCGCCACCCUCGAGGCACAGGUGGCCCGGCUGGCGGUGGCCGAGCCCCCCAUGGCAGCAGCACCCAAAGGUGGCAGCCCGGGCAGGGGGCCCGAGGCCGGGCAGCUCUGGGGGUCCCCGGCCGCCCGCGGGAGCCCCGGGGAUGACGGGAGACCCGGCUGGAGGGGACCCCCCGGGCCCAAGGGCGACGCGGGAGGACGGGGACCCUCGGGAAUUCCUGGACUGAAGGGUCCGGUGGGGCCACCAGGUCCCCCCGGCCCCCCAGGACCACCCGGCCGGGAUGGAGCCACGGGGCUCCCCGGAGAGAAGGGGUCCCCCGGGCCCCCCGGCCCCCCGGGCCCCCCUGCCCCUGUGGGGCCAGCGAUUCCCCGACUGGCCGAGCCCAGUAAGGGGGGCUGGGCUGGGGUCCCCUCCCAGUGGGACCCCGUCCUCUCCAACACCUUCACCGAAGCCACCAGGAGCAUCGUGGGUCCCAUGGGACCCCCCGGACCUGUGGGGCCAAUGGGUCCCCCCGGCCCCCCAGGUCCCGUUGGUCCCCCCGGGCCCCCAGGAGCCGAUGGCAGAGCGGGAGCGCCCGGAGCUGCCGGGCCCCCCGGCGAGAAGGGGGACAGGGGUCCCCAGGGCCACCCGGGCAGCCGCGGGCAGGACGGGGCGCAGGGCGAGCCGGGCCCCCGGGGCGAGCCGGGCGACAGGGGCACUUGGGGGGAGGGUUUGCACCAGCUCCGCGAGGCGCUGAAGAUUUUAGCGGAGAGGGUUUUAAUCUUGGAAACAAUGAUUGGGCUCUACGAGCCAGAGCCCGGCUCGGGCAGCGGUGCCCCCGGCACGGCGACGCCCGGGGUGCCCCGUGGCAAGCGUGGCAGCGGCCACCCCCCCUACCGCAUCGUCACCGCCCCCCGCCGCGCCCCCCCAGAGCUGUGACAGGGGCGGGGGCGUCACCCAGGUCACCCCCGCCGUGCCACCCUGGGGAGCAGGAUGGGCUCACCCCCCGUCCCCCCUCUUGGUGCUACUGG